CGGUUCAGUUCAGUUUUUACAUUCGAUUCGAUCGUUUGUCAGUCGCUGACUGUACGCUGUGUCGCCCGGAGGAUAAUAUUCCGAUUUAUCUCGCGGCAACGCACGUACGCGAUAUUUUUUUUUCUGUUUCGAACUACGGUGUGCGAGUUUUUUUUUAAUCUAUUUUUUGCGACUCGGCUGUGCGUUCGGAAACCGUGACAGUUUUUUUUUCUCAAUAAAAUAGCUAAAUUUUUUCGGUACGUACAAUUAUUAAUUUAUCCACUACGGCCGUCAUCGUCGUCACUGUUGGCAGCCGGGCCUUUUUUCCGAUGAUCAUGUUUUCGUCGUCUUCUCCUGCCGUUUGAACGGACACGUCGCGAGUGCACACAAACCAGACCUGCCGUGAUUCGACCCAACUGUGACCAGUGGUUAAGUGUAAUCUCGCGCCCGAAAAAUGACCGCUUACGCGUUUUUAGCGGUGGUGCUCACGUGCAUUACCGCGGUCUCGUUCGCUGGUGGUUCGGCCGUCUUCCAGUCCGGUGCUUACGACAACGUGGUGGUCGCCAUCAAGGAUUCUGUUCCAGUGGCAAAUUGUAAAACGAUCGUCAACAAUGUUGAGGCGGCGUUUACUAGUGGAUCGAAAUCUCUCCACGAAGCACUCAGUGGCAAGGCCUAUUUCCGAUCGGUGACUGUGAUGCUGCCGUUAAACUGGCCGGAUCACUGUGUCGGUCAUUUACGUGGUAUCGUUAGCAGCCAGGGAGAAACGCCAGACAUUCACAUCGGACUUCCGCACCCAGUUCAUGGAGACGCCCUGUGGACGCAACAAUCGCAAGGCUGCGGCCGUCCCGGAGAUGGUAUAUAUUCGAGUUACCGACUGUUCCAAGAGCCUCGAGAACUAGGCAAGGAGCUAACUAAACAGUGGGCAAAAUACCGGUAUGGUGUAUUCGACGAGGUUGGAUAUGCCGGUGAUGCGGUUUAUCCGUCGUGCUAUGCAUCUGAAACGUCUCAGGCCGAGGUCAAUGGAUGUUCCGACAAACCCAUUUCCCAGACUAGAGCUUGUGAUUCCAUCAACACAACAACAUUGGUUCACCCGGAAGCAAAAACUUCACUCAUGUUUUCCACGGCACCUCAAGUAACUAAGUUCUGCGAUGCUUCCAGUCAUGACCGUUACGCACCUACUAAACAAAAUGCACUUUGUGGAAGGCGGAGCAUUAUGGAAAUCAUAAAUACUCAUCCGGACUUUACCAAAGGUGUUAAUCUGUCGGGAAAUCAAAAUUUGACUCCAACGUUUAUAUUCAAGAAAGAAAUGCUCACCAGAUACGUAGUGGUCAUUGAAGACACGAAAGAUAUGAUGGAAAGGGAAUCGUGGAGCUUUUUGCGAUUGGCUAUUCGUAAAUGGGCUGUACAUGAUCUUCCAGCCAACACGGAAGUUGGACUAGUAUCGGCUAAUGAUUCUUCAGCCAAUCGCCUGCACGGCCUGAGUAGAUUGCAAACAUCGGACGCUAGAGACCAAGUUGCAUCGAAUAUCCCAUACUCUACAGGUGACUCGAGGCUACCAGCGUGUUUAGCUUGUGCGUUGAAAGAAGCUAUACAGAUGUUAGAAACCCGCGCAAGCAAUAGCGGUCCUGCAAGUUCAGUUAUUGUGGUGAUCGCUGCUGGAACAUCCACGUACACUCCAGAUUUAGUUAAACAAGUGUCCGAGGCCAGAGAUAAAAACAUUCGUUUGGCUACCAUCACAUACCCGAUGAUCAACCGUCUCAAGUCAUUAGACUGGAUGGCUGAUAAAACCGGUGGUGUUUCAUUCACGGUUACCGAAAACCGGUACAAUAUGGCCACAUCGUAUUUGUCCACUUACUUCAAGUUAACGAACGUCAUGCGUAAUAUAAUGGAGACGUAUUAUCAAGGCAACAAGGGUGAUUUGCCUGUGGAAAUUCAUAGACGUGAAUUAACCGACGAUGGACGUACCGUGGUAACGGGAAGCUUCGUUUUGGAAGACCAUAUGGGUGAACCGGCUAAGUUCACUGUUUAUACGCACAACACGGAAAAUCCACUUAUCAGAGCCAUCACUCUGACCAGCCCUUCUCAACGAGUCUACUCGACUCGAUCUGAUUCACUGUUAUCGCUCAAAAUGCUCAGCGUACCAGCGGCUAUAAAUGAGACCGGAACGUGGACAUACCACAUCGAACGAUUCCAGGGAAGUCCACAACCGCAUUACGUGCAAGUGAUGGCCAAACCGUUAUCGAAAAAUUCUCCUGUGGUCAGAGCUAGAGCUUGGACAAGUGGAACGACUAAUCCAUUAACGAUUUACGCCGAAGUCAAACGCGGUGACUACCCGGUACUUGGUGCUAAGGUUGAAGUGUCGGUUAUUCGACCUGGUUUAAAUGGUUCGAAUGCACAUCGUGAAAAGUUUGAUCUUUUGGACACUGGAAGUGGAGAUCCGGAUAUCAUGAAAGGCGAUGGUAUUUAUUCGAGAUAUUUCAACCCGAUGAUUGGUGGACUUGGAGUUUAUACUUUUGAAAUAACUGUUUCGGAUAGCAGCAGCAAUGCAUAUACUUGGCAACACAACACCCACCGAAACAUUGAACGAAAUCCCGUGAAUUCCGAAUCUAACUGCUGCGGAUCAUUUAUGACAUCACCGUCAGUGGAACAACUGAAUCCCUUUCAACGAAUCAUCGCUCCGCUGUCUGUUACAUAUACUGCCGAAGAUCUGUCAUCAUCAUCGGCGAACGUGGGCCGAGUGGGUGAUCUUAAAGCCGAGGUUGUCAAGUCAGAACUAAAAGCUCGACUUACGUGGACUUCACCAGAUAUGGGUGGAAACUCGGUGGCUCGGUAUGAAAUCCGAUAUUCACAGUCACUUAGAUCGUUACUCAAUGAAUUCGACUCAGCACCAGUUUGGACUCACGGCACCCCGCUGCCGUUGGCUCCGGGCUCGGAAACCGCAUUCUCAGUGGACAUGAACAAGACGCCCGAGCUUCUAGACCAGACGUUGUUUGUGGCCGUCAAAGCGUACAGUCGGAUCGAGGCAGAUUCAAUGCCCGGACCCGUGUCCAACUGGGUCAGGGUGUUGGUACCAUCACCACCGCCUCCACCGUCAUUAAUUACCACUCACUCAUCAGUGUCGUCGGCUGACCCAUCUUGGACUUCUGCCAACCAAAACGUUAUAUCCGGAAUUUCCCGGGACUUUGAGAUGAAUUACGAUGUCUUGGUGCCAGCUGCGGGUGGCCUGAUGUUACUGGCUCUGCUCUUGCUUAUGUAUUGCGUGUUUUGCGCCGUUAAACGCAACCGAAAGCCUGAGAAACAGUCGCCUAAGCCGGAAAAAUCGCUCAACGUGUCAGUCAUACCCAAUGGUAAUGGCGGUGCACUGAACAUUUCGUCUCCCAUGAACGCCGUAAAGACUGAACUGGAAUCGCAUUUUGAACCUUGUCUGAUCGACACAGGUGACCCAAAAAAACGGUACAGCGUAGCACAAUAUGGACCGGCUGCAACUAACGAACACCACUACAAUCUUCAACAGCAACAGCAGCAUCAGCAAUCGCAUCAACAACCAAACCAACAACCGCAUCCUUACCAUCACCAAAGUAAUGGUCAUCUGAGUGUUAUUGCUGGAGCAACAUUGACCCGUGCACCGAAACCGUUGAGUCCGUACCAAUCGUGGACCGCUUCGCAGCUGUUGCAUGAACACGAACGCAGAACCAGUCCGUACGGUCAGAUUGGUGACUUUGAGAACCAGUAUCCACCACCCGUUCCACCACUGCCAGCUUACCAACAACAACAGCUCCAGCAACAACAACAGCAGCAGCAACAACAAGCCAAUGCUGAAAACAUAUACGGAACUGCUCCUGGUCAUUUCCAGCAGCAGCAAAACGGACUUCCACCACCCGGCCAGUACAAUAACUAUCACCGGAACAAUAUGAUCCUAUUCAACCAGAGCCUCCAGGGAUCGUUGAGUUCGGUCAGUAGCGGUGACAAGAAAAAGCGAAACAUAACCAUGGUAUAAUUAAAGAAGAAAGAGAAGAAGACAACGACGACGACGGAGCGUUGAAGUUAAUAAGACUGACUACUUAUUUUGUGUAACUUUGGUCUUCUCCGGCGCUAAUCGUAUGUGCGUGUACUAUUCGGUCUGUUUACUGGAUGUUUUUUUUUAUUUUGCGGUUUCUAGUCAAAUUCACUAAUGUUGUAGACUAAAAACCACCACACGUACAACCAAGUUAUAUUUUGUUUUUUGUUAUGAUCUCACUUGUUUCUUGUAAAAUACUUUUGUAAUUAAAUUAAAAUAAUUUCCCCUCUUGUAUAAUGAUGGUAAUUUAUAAUAAUAGUUAUCAUUAUUCUACUACUAUUACUACUAUACUACUACGUUCGUUAAGGACCUUAGUAUAAGCAUUAUUAUUAUGAAACUGCCUCAAAUCCCUAAAUAGAUAGGUAAACUGACAAUUAUUAUUAUAUUAAUAAGUCGAGUGUUAUGCACCGUUUUGUGCCUUUUUUUGUAAAUUAUAUUAUUAUUAAUGUAAAAUGUAUUGUGUACACGACCAAAAAAUGUUAUUAAAAUAUUAUGUCUAUAGCUACUGAUUAGCUAUCAGCUUUACUUUAGACAACAGUAAUAUUUUUUUUUAUGUCCAAAAUAUUUAUAAAUCAUAUAUUUUUGUACCUAAAUUUAAGUUUGUUGUAGACUACUUAGUGAGUAAGCCAUUGUGUACAUUCAUAUUGAUGAUUUUGUAAAAAAAAUAUAUAUAUAUACCAUAUUAUUUUAAAAUAA